AUGUCUGGAAAGGACAAGAAGCUUAGUAGGAAAGAAUUGAAAAAAUUGCAGAAGAAGAAUGAAUUUGAGCGCGAAAUUAAAGCAAUGGGUGGUGUUACUGAAAAUUCCAGUACAGAUGAAAGAACCAGAGGAAUCGGUUCUGGUGCAGAACUAGGUAGCCAGUUCUCAGUUUCACAACAAGCAAAAUCUACUGGACAACGAAAUCAGCUUGAAAAUGCUGUUGAUAUCAAGGUUGAAAACUUUGAUAUCGCUGCCCAAGGUCGAGUUUUGUUUCAUAAAGCCGAAUUAACAAUAGCUUUCGGAAGACGUUAUGGUCUUGUUGGACCGAAUGGUAUGGGAAAAACCACAUUAUUAAAACAUAUUGCUGCUAGAAAAUUAGACAUACCGCCAAAUAUUGAUCUUCUCUAUUGCGAACAAGAGAUCGAAGUUGACAGCACUCCAGCUAUAGAUGCAGUCGUUAAAUCAGAUAAAUAUCGCUUGGCUUUGUUAGAAGAAGAAGCUCAGUUAACAUCCAAGCUUGAAGAAGGAGACAUUUCUGUGAGUGAACGUUUGCAAGAGAUCGGAGAUGAACUGAGAAGUAUGAAUGCAGAUGCGGCGGAACCAAGGGCUCGACGUAUUUUGGCUGGUCUUGGUUUCUCAAAAGCAAUGCAGGAAAAACCAGUUGAAGCAUUUUCGGGAGGUUGGCGUAUGCGUAUUUCAUUAGCCCGAGCCCUUUUCUUGGAGCCAACGUUAUUAAUGCUUGAUGAACCCACCAAUCAUCUUGAUUUAAAUGCUGUUAUUUGGCUUGACAAUUAUUUACAGUCGUGGAAAAAAACUUUGUUAAUUGUGUCACAUGACCAAGGUUUUUUGGACAGCGUGUGCACAGACAUCAUCGAUUUGCAAGACCAGAAACUAUAUUACUAUAAAGGAAAUUAUUCUAUAUUCAAAAAAAUGAAGACCCAGAAGAUGAAAGAACAUAUGAAAGCCUUCGAAGUUCAACAGAAGCAGUUAACUGCAAUGAAGAAAAAAGGCAAGAGUUCGAAACAAGCUACUGAGGAAAUGAAAAACCGACUACAAAAUAAGCAGAACAAAACUGUUAAAGCUAAAAAGACCUCUGCCAUUAUUGGGGAUGAAGCUGAUGCUGCUCCAGUAGAAUUACUGCAAAAGGUUAAAGAUUACAAUGUGAAGUUCUCUUUUCCCGACCCUCCAAAACUGCCACCUCCAGUUCUUGGAUUGCAUGGUGUGACUUUUGGUUACGAAGACCAUUUGCUAUUCAAAAACCUUGAUUUUGGAGUGGACAUGGAUUCCCGUAUCGCCAUUGUUGGACCUAAUGGUGUAGGAAAAUCAACACUACUGAAGUUAUUGUCCGGCAAAAUCGAACCACAAAAAGGAGAAUUCAGAAAACACAGACAGCUGCGCUUAGGUUGGUUUGAUCAACAUGCUAAUGAAGCACUGAAUGGAGAGCAAACGCCAAUCGAAUAUCUAGUCACUAAUUUUCAUAUUGAUUAUCAGAAUGCAAGGAAGCGCUUAGGUGCGGUGGGUCUUCCUGGUCCUGUUCAUACUGUCAAAAUAAAAGAUCUGUCUGGUGGGCAGAAAUCGCGAGUUGCUCUCGCUGAUCUGGCUUUGGGUGCUCCAGAUUUGUUAAUUUUAGAUGAGCCAACCAACAACCUCGAUAUCGAAUCUAUCCAUGCAUUAGCAGAAGCUAUUGAAAGUUUUGGUGGUGGUGUAGUGAUGGUUACUCAUGACGAACGUUUGAUUAGGGAAACAAAUUGUCAAUUGUGGAUCGUUGAAGAUCAAAACAUUGCUGAAAUUGAUGGCGAUUUUGAAGAUUAUAGAAAAGAGAUUCUGGAACAACUUGGGGAAACUUUAUCAUCUCAGUAG